AUGCACUACAAGGAUGAGACCUGCAAGGCUUUGAGAGCUAACAUAGAACAAUAUAGUUCUUUAGUCAAGGAUAUGGAACAGUCAAACCAGUUUUGCACCUUGCCGCAAGGCAUGGAAUGUCAAAUUGAGCAACACCAGCUUUUAUCAGAUUAUCUUAACCACCGCACAAAUCGCGAACCACUUCAAGGCGAUCUAUGGAGAAGCGACCCCCGAUACUUCAAGAGAGUGUCUCUUUCAAACCGAGCAACAUACAAAAUACUUCAACAUGCUGUGAAGGGCGGGGAUAUUGAAAUAAUGGGUAUGUUAGUGGGCAAAGUUCAGAAAGGAAACAUAGUAGUGUUUGACUGCUACGCGUUGCCUGUUGAAGGAACCGAAACCAGAGUAAAUGCCCAGCUUGAGUCCUAUGAAUAUAUGGUGCAAUAUAUGAGUGAAGUGUAUGAUUCUAUUCCUGGCGAUUACCACAUUGUGGGCUGGUACCAUUCACAUCCGGGCUACGGUUGUUGGCUAAGUGGGAUAGAUGUACAAACUCAAGAAUUAAAUCAAACAUUUCAAGACCCGUAUGUGGCCAUUGUAGUGGAUCCGCGAGAGAGUAUCCGCGACAAGCGUCUUUGCAUAGGCGCAUUUCGGACAAUUUCUGGUGAAAAUUCAGAGGAGUUUAUGCAAGCUAAUGGAAGCACAAAUACCGAAAAAUACGGUCAUCAUUCAUCUAAGUACUACGAGCUGGAUCUCGAUGUUUUCACGAGUACAUUUGACAGAACCUUGGAAAAAUUACAACUGCGACUUGAUAGGCCUUUAUUUGAUUCUAUGGAAGAUGACAUUUUGGUUGAAAGACUUUUAGAAAGUAUCCAGCAUUGGCAAAACUAUCAAAGAUUGCCUGCUUCAAGCCAAGUCAUACUCAACGCACCGAUACGGUCAGUUUUCACAGCAGAAGACAACGAGACAGAUAUGAGAGUAAGUUCCUUCUCGAAUUCGUUGCAGAGUAGUGACUCGAGUUCUGUUACAAGCUCCGCUGAUAUAGCCGAAGGAAGCGAUGUAGAUAUGGCAAGCAAUAUAUUGAAGAGGGAUUUCAGCACGCAAAGUAGUUUACUUCAGAAUUCCUCGGAUCACCCUCCUGUUAUUUCGGGCCAACCAUCACAGGAAACUACUUUAGAGCUUGAAUUUCAAUUGCAUAAAAGAAGGUUAAACCUCUCAAAGCUUCGAGAGUACCAACAUUUACGAUACUAUAGGGAUGCAUUUACAUUAUAA